UUCACGCGGUGACUUCCGGACACGCCUCUUCCGUUCGGGGCUGCUUCGGCGCAUUGAGAGGGGACCGGGCCUUGUGUGUGGCGGCGGGUGAGAACCGGAAAGAACCGCCGUGUAUCCAGAGUCCGGGGCCAUAGAGCAGCUUGAAAAAUGAGCAGUUCAGAGGAAGUGUCGUGGAUCAGCUGGUUCUGCGGGUUAAGAGGCAAUGAGUUCUUCUGUGAGGUAGAUGAAGAUUAUAUUCAGGAUAAAUUCAACUUGACUGGACUGAACGAGCAGGUCCCCCACUAUAGACAGGCACUGGACAUGAUCCUGGACCUAGAACCUGAUGAGGAGUUAGAGGACAAUCCAAACCAGAGCGAUCUCAUCGAGCAGGCGGCCGAGAUGCUGUACGGACUGAUCCAUGCCCGCUAUAUCCUGACUAACCGUGGCAUUGCCCAGAUGUUGGAGAAAUACCAGCAGGGAGACUUUGGCUACUGUCCCCGCGUAUACUGUGAGAACCAGCCCAUGUUGCCCAUCGGCCUUUCUGACAUCCCCGGUGAAGCCAUGGUAAAGCUGUAUUGCCCCAAGUGUAUGGAUGUUUACACCCCCAAAUCCUCCCGCCAUCACCACACAGAUGGAGCAUAUUUUGGCACUGGAUUCCCCCAUAUGCUCUUUAUGGUUCACCCAGAGUAUCGACCCAAGAGACCCGCCAAUCAGUUCGUCCCCAGGUUAUAUGGCUUCAAAAUCCACCCCAUGGCAUAUCAACUCCAGCUUCAGGCAGCCAGCAACUUCAAAAGUCCUGUGAAGACAAUGCGUUGAGAUCCACCCUGGUAUACGGUUUCAGUAUCUGGCCUGGUGAACCUCCAAAGCCUCAUCCUACUGCACCAGUCAUGGAGCGAUGUUUUUUUUCUUUCUUUUUUUUUUUUUCGGUGUCUGAUUUUUCACCUUUAUUUUAAUUUUAGUCCUGUUUAAAGAGUAUGUUCAUACAACCUAUGAUGACUGUGUUAAAUAAAAUAAAAUUAUAUAGAAUGAUCCGACACUCGACUUAACCUUU